GCCAUGGCUCGUACUAAGCAAACUGCCCGUAAGUCAACUGGUGGAAAAGCUCCACGCAAACAACUGGCUACGAAAGCCGCUCGUAAGAGCGCGCCAGCAACCGGAGGAGUCAAAAAACCUCACCGUUACCGUCCUGGGACUGUUGCUCUCCGAGAAAUCCGUCGUUACCAGAAGAGCACAGAGUUGCUUAUUCGUAAAUUACCAUUUCAACGACUGGUUCGUGAAAUCGCUCAAGACUUCAAGACUGAUCUGAGAUUCCAGAGCUCAGCUGUUAUGGCUCUGCAAGAAGCUAGCGAAGCUUACCUCGUUGGUCUUUUUGAGGACACCAACCUCUGUGCCAUCCACGCCAAGCGUGUCACCAUCAUGCCUAAGGACAUUCAAUUGGCUCGUCGUAUUCGAGGAGAACGUGCUUAAAUUAUUUUAACAUCGAAAACCAUUAAACCAAACGGCCCUUUUCAGGGCCACCAAAUUUUUUAU